AUGGAGUCGCGGAUUACUGCCUUGUACUCCCUGCAUCGCGAGGUGCAGGCGGCGAUUCGCGAUGCAUCGAUCAAUUCACCCACCAGCGGAAGCUCGAACCUCAAAACCAACUUCUACUCCGACAUAUGGCCAAGUUUGAAACCCAAAUAUGAAGAAUUUGUCGAUGGAAUUGUACGCUACUGUAAGGAAGAGCUGCAAACCCGAAAUAUGAAUUGUAUGGUUCUUGGUCGAGCGAAAACCGCCGAGUCGGUCCAGAAAUCACUCGAUCGUCGCGAAAGAGACCGCCAGCGUCCCUAUAUAGGCCUUGAAGAUAUACUCAAAACGAUGCAUGAUCUGGCCGGAUCCAUGGUUAUCCUGCAGUAUCCAAGCGACGUGCAGGGAGUAAACGAGUUUAUCGCACAAAGCUUUCGCGCAAUCCAACAGCCAACGUAUUGGUCUCGCGACCGCCAGCCCGGUCUCCAAUGGGACUCGCGAUUUGGAAGUUACGAAUCCCACAAUCAUCAUGUCACACUAAAAGGAAAUUCUGACCAUCCUGCUGUUGGUCCUGGUGUUAUUUUCGAAAUCCAAGUCACCACUUGUGGGGACUAUAUGUAUAACCGGCUUGCGCAUGACUGGUAUUACAAAAAAGCCCAUGGACCGCUAUCACGGAAGGACGAGAUAGUCCUGGAUAUGAUACAUGCAGCUGCGAUCAUGGUGGAAGUCGGUGGAGAGUAUAUGAAAGAGAGAGAGGAUGAAAAUCGCGGCAAGGCCGGGCCCGAAUAUGACCUGCUUCAGGUCAUCCAGCUUGCGCAGGGCGCUGAGGAAUGGAAGUUCAAACCUACCAAUCUGCCUCCAAUCCUCCAAGCUCUCGAAGAGAAGGGCUAUAACUCUGCCACGAAACUGGAACACCUUGCUAAGAACCUUGGCCCUCUGAAAGAGGAAGGCACUUCUGGCCAUGAUCUUGUAGCUCAACUACUCGAGAUUAUCUCCCGAAAGUCCAAGCGCCACUUUCUCGUCCCAUUUGGACAGAACGAGGGUUUUGUUGGCAGGGAGAAGACGGUCAACUGGCUUCUCGAAAGAAUCCCUCCCAGCACAAGACCGAACGACUGCCAGCGAACCGCCAUCGAAGGCCUAGGAGGAACAGGCAAGACCCAGAUCGCCUUGGAGGCCGCCUACCGCGUUCGCAACAAACAUCCCGACUGCUCCGUCUUCUGGGUCCCAGUGCUAAGCAUAUCAACAUUCGAGAAUGCGUACCGAGAGAUUGGUAACGCUCUUCAGGUGCCAGGAAUUCAAGACGAGAAGGCGGAUAUUAAAGCGUUGGUAAAAACGGCAUUAAAUCACGAGAAUUGUGGCGAAUGGCUUUUGAUUCUCGACAACUUGGACGAUACAGAACUCGUCACCGACUUAGCCGGCUUCCUUCCCUCGAACCCCAAGGGUUCUAUCCUAUUUACGACGAGAACUCAUAUCGUCACAACCAGGCUGGAUAUCGUGCCAGAGCGGACAGAAAGUGUCAAGGAAAUGAGCCGAGACGAAGCCCUCGAAAUGUUGAAAAGGAAUACAAAGGAAAGCCAGUGGCAAGAUACCGCCAAUACGUCCAAGCUCCUUGAUUUCCUUAACGACUUACCCUUGGCUAUCCGACAGGCAUCCGCAUACAUAUGGCAAAACGACAUCACUACCACAAAAUAUCUUAGUUACUGCCAAUCAAGUGAUGAAAAACAGAUCACGAUGUUAAGUAAAAAUUUCGAAGAUAGGAGCAGGUAUAAAGACAUUCGAAACCCAGUAGCCACGACUUGGCUGAUCUCCUUCACCCACAUCUCGCGAGACAAACCACUUGCUGCGCGGUAUUUGAGAUUCACAUGUUUUUUAGCGGAAAAGGACAUUCCGGAGUCCAUUUUACCGUUCAGAGAAGACGAAAUAGAAAGGGACGAAGCAAUCGCGGCCUUGCAAGCGUACGCAUUUAUCACGAAGCGAGAGGAUGACACUGCUUUCGAUAUUCAUCGCCUCGUGCGCUUGGCGAUGCGCAACCAUCUGAAAGAAGAAGAUAGAAUAGAAGCAGUUACUACUAUGGCCCAACAUUUGUCCAAAAUAUACCCGUUUCCCCAGCAUGAGAAUCGGGGCAUAUGGAUGAGGUAUAUGCCACAUGUACUGACAGCUGCAGAGAUGCUUGAACAGUCAGCAGACAAGGAUGCGGCCGGGCUGCUGUUACUUUACGUCGCAGAAACAUACGCAAUAACCGCCAAGUAUGAGAAAGCGGAAGAACGAAUGUGCUAG